GGUCCCAGCAUCUACACUUAUUGACUUCGUAUAACGUUCCAAAAUCAUGAGUUAGCCGUUAUAGCACUGAGAUAAGCUCCAAAAAGCUUAGAAACAUCUACCAAUUACCUAAAAAUCUCCUAAAUUUUGUAGAAUUACACUCCAAACAAAAAAUCAACUAAAAAUUCUCUGUUUUCUUCUCCUUUCAGUAAUGGCAGAUUUCUCUGAUAGUGACACUGACAAUGAAAAAGCAGUAGAAGAACUUCUAUCACAAGCAAUGGACCAAUCUGUUCUUGAACAAGUUGCUGCUAUUAACUGUUCUGGUUUCACUGAUUCUCUCCUUCCAACUCAACUCGAAACUCGUUUUCGUAAACUCAAAUCACUUCCUACACCUCCAACAACCUUAAAACCCGACAAUAUUACAAGAAAUUCUAGGAGUUUCUGUUCCUCGGAUUUCCCAAACAGUCCAAAAAUCAAGAAAAUUGAUGAUGAUGAUGAUGGAAAUGAGAAAAUUGAUGGAAAUACAGUUGAAGCAAAGGAUUUGGAACAUGGGGUUUUCCAAGAACAGACAAAAUGUGUUAAAAAUGAUGUUUUCUUGAAAACCCCAAAUGGGAAAAGGGGGAAAAUUGAUGAUGACAAUGAGAAAAUUGAAAAAAGCCCAAUUGAAAAAGGCUCUGAAGUGAAUUUGGAAGAUGAGUUUGUUCAAGAACAGACAAAAUCUAUUGAAAAUGAUGUUUUCUUGAAAACCCCAAAUGGGAAAAAGGGGAAAUCUUUAUCAUCUUCAUCAGAUUCUUGGAAGGGUUGUUUGUCUCCACCAAGGAAAACUGGGUGUUUUUGGUGUUCACCAAAGAAGGGUUCUAGUAAUAAAAAGGGGAAAGAGAAUAAGGGUGUGAAAUGGGGGAAGGAUGAUGAUGAUGAUGAGGAGUUUUUAUCGGAUUUGAGUAAGUUUUCGUCGAAAAAUCAAGAGAAGUUGAUGAAGAAAGUAAUGAUGGAGCAAGAGAAGAUAAAUAGAGAAGCUGAGAAGAUUGUUAAGUGGGCAAAACAAGCAUCUGCUAGGAUGGAUGUUUCUAGCAUUGAAGAUGAACUAAGUGGUGAUGAUGAAAUUUUCAAAUGAGUUUUGAGGUUUCCCUAGUAAUACUGCUAAUACUAGUUGGUAAAAAAGCUCUCUUUUUAUUCCUGCUUAUAUAAAAAGUUUUCUGUUUUGGUGUGUUGUGGACUAUACUGGCUGUAAUACUGUAAAGGUUUACAUGUUUUGGAUGUUUAUAUGCAUAGGAUAUAUACGAAAAUCGUAUGAGAUAUGUUUCAAACGCAAUUUAAUUCAUUGAUGCCUUAGAA